AUGCGCUCAUCACUCCCUCUGGGCAGUUUGCUCCUCGCCGGCCUGGUGUCGGCUACCAACUACAAACUCGUCAAGGACUUCUCGGGCAACAACUUCUACAACCAGUUCGACUUCUUCACCGGCGCCGAUCCCACCCAGGGCUUCGUUAACUACGUAUCGCAUGAUCACGCUGUCGAGUACGGUCUCAUCUGGAACAAGAGUAUUCCUACUUGGGGCGUCGACGCCUACACCCACCUGGACCCCAGCGGUUCCAAUGGCGGUCGCACUUCUGUGCGCAUGACCAGCAAGGACAGCUUCACUCAUGGUCUCUUCAUCGCCGACAUCCAGCACAUGCCACAGAGCUCAUGCGGUGUUUGGCCUGCUUUCUGGACUUUCGGUCAGUCUGGCAACUGGCCUGAGUCCGGCGAGAUCGACAUCAUCGAGUUUGCCAAUCUCGGUCAACAGAACAAGGUCUCUGGCCACACCAUGCCUGGCUGUUCCAUCUCUGAAUCCAAGGCUCUGACUGCUCGGUAUUCUGCUGGUGACGGCGCUGGUUGCGCUUUCCUUUCUCCUUCGAGCUCCACCGCUGGCUCCGGCUUCAAUAAGAUUGGCGGUGGCGUCUACGCCAUGGAGUGGACCUCCCAGCACAUCAACGUCUGGUUCUUCCCCCGCAACAACAUCCCCUCGUCUAUUAGAAACGGCAAGCCCGACGUCAGCAAGUUCGGUCAGCCCAUGGCCAACUUCCGCGGUUGUGAUCUCGACAAGUACUUCUACAACCACGCCAUUGUCUUCGACACUACCUUCUGCGGUACCUGGGCUGGCGAGACCUUCUACGGUGACGGCUGCUCUGCUUCAUCAUGCGUCGACUUUGUCGCCAACAACCCUUCUUCCUUCAAGGAUGCCUACUGGGCUGUCAACUACGUCCACGUGUACCAGCAGAGUGGUUCUUCGAAGGCCAAGCGCGACUUCAUCCGCCUUCACGCCAAGCAGACUCGCAACCACAACCACCUUCUCGUCUAAGAGCCCUUUGUCACCAGGUUGGCAAGCUCGAUCAUUGCUUUUCUUCUUCUUCCAACCCAG